UGCUCCGAGCCUCGCGCGCCAACAUGAGCCCGGGGACCACUCUGGUGCUGCAGGCCUGGAUGCUGGCGGGCCUGGCGCGCUCCGCCACCCUGGACCAGGACGGCCGCGGCAUCGAGAGCUACUUCAGGGACUGCCGCACAAACAGCAGCGACUUCGACCCUUGCGUGCAGAGGGGCCUGAACAUGGCGAGACGCUUCUUCAAGACAGGACUGCCGGAGUACGGGGUGCUGCCCUUCGACCCCUUCCUGGCCGAGCAGGUGGUGCUGCGGAGGGGCGGGCCCGCGGUGAGGGGCAGGCUGACCCUGCGCGAGGUGCAGGAGCGCGGCUGGACGCAGUCCGUCGUCACCAGCUUCAAGAGCGACCUCGCGACGAGGACCAUCAAGUACUCGCAGUGGUUCCCGGAGAAGUUCCUGGAGGGGCGCUACGAGGUGGACGGCAAGGUGCUGCGCUACCCCAUGAGCAACAAGGGCUUCUUCAACCUCACGCUGUACAACUACACGCAGACCACGACCAUCCGGCGGCCGGAGGAGGGGCCCAUGUCCGUGAAGGUGACGGCGCUGAGGUCGGCCGACAUGAAGAUCCACGCCAGCAACCUGCUGCGGGGGCGUCCCGUCAUGGAGGGCAUCCUGGACCAGAUCAUCAACUUCAGUUGGCAGCCGUGGUUCGAGGUGCUGAAGCCGGCCAUCGAUGAGAUGGUCAGCUCGGCCUUCACGGACAUCUUCAACAAGGACUUCGCCGAGUUCCCCUUCCAGGCCGUGUUCCCCGCCUGAGGACCUGCCCGUCACCCAGGACCUGUCCGUCACCCAGGACCUGUCCGUCACUCGGGACCUGUCCGUCACCCAGGACCUGUCCGUCUCUCAGGACCUACGGAUACCCAGUCACCUCCGCACUUGGAUCAUUAGUCAUUGUAAAUACACACGAAGUAACUAUACCUAGGGACACCUGUAUUUCGCGAUUUCAUUUCAUGUCAAGGUAUUUCACAAAACACUCUAGCUUUUUCUAAGAGUCGUGGCAAAUUGUGAGGGUGCAGCAGUACGGUGACCACAUUCUCAUUGGCCCCGUCAAGAGCGGGACGACACCUCUCACCGACUUCAGUCAAUAACCACAGGAGAAAAGCUACAGUAUUUUGUGAAAUACCUUGACACGAAAUGUAUUCGCGAAAUACAGGUGUCCCUAACUAUACCUAAGAUGUGGUAGUACUCAAGUUCUGUCAGGAAGCAUAAGAUACACCAGGAUCUCAAAUUAUAUUUUACAAACAACUGAAACCAACGCAACACUAAUUUUCCACUGAUGAUUUUGUUCAAUUAACGCGCCUUUAAAGAUCUUGAGUCAAUAGUAAAUAUCUAUCUUUAGAAUGGUCGGCAGCCAGUGAGCAGUUAUAUGUUAUCACGUAUGCACACAACUGUUAGACAUAGCUUUUUGAUAAGUAUACUGGGGCGUUGCAGGGAUGUCCUCUAUUCUACAGAUAACAAGAAUGGCAUAUUUGCAAUGAAUUGAAUUAGCUUUGUAAUGCCGACAAGUCAAAAAUAGAACCAUGCAGUCCAACGUUUUUUUUAUCGGGCCAUUGGUUCCAAGUCCUUCGAGGCAUGUCGUAAAGUUCUGGCAUAUCCUUCACUGUCCUUCACAAAUAAAGAUAACUACAUACAGAUCACUCACUGGUUGUACCUGCAGUCAGUGACGGUUUUAAACUGGGUUUCUCAUGAUUCUCUUGUACUGAUGCUCUCUGUUACUGGCCCAUGUUCGUCCAGGCUUCUAUAGCAUCAUGGUCCGGAAGUGUAGUUACGUCCAAUCUGAUGAUAGUGUGUAGUGUGUAUUGACAUAAUAAAGGACGUGUUAGUAUGAUGUGUGACCGAGUAAAAAAAAAAAUACACCACAGCAACUCUACAGCAAAAUAAAUUUUGAUAAUUUCUGAAAAAAGUAUUUUGUGAAUCACUGUAGUUAGCUACAUUUUUUUUAUAAAAUUUGUUUAUAUCAUUACAAAUGUUUAUGUGAAAUAUUUCGUUUUCAUACGAAAAAUAUAUUUAUAUAUAACAAAAAUAAGUACAAAAAAAAUAUGUUUUUUUUGGUAAUAUUCACAAUAUUUUUUACUAUUUUUUAUGCAUUUAUUUAAACUUCUAAUAAUAUGCUUUGUCUUGUACAAAAAUGAAGUGUGAUAAAAUGAAAAUGUAAAUUGAGGAAAUAAUUUUAUUUGUGUUAAUAAACACGUAGGUUUAAUAAAUUAUUUUAUGUAAAGUAAUUUUUUUUGUGGAAUUCAAUAAAUAUUUUUCUAUUA